UGUUUAUAACUAAUACACUAAAUAAUAUAAAGAUUUCAUAAUUUAUAUUUGCAUUUCACAUUUGACGUGUUACUCAUAAAAUAUAAUUUUGAUUAAUAAUAUUAAAUUCGAGUAUCUACUUUACAUUGAUUAUUAAAAGUUUGUAGAAUUUAUCAAUUCUGUUAUAAUAGUAAGCAAUAUUGGACAAUUGUUUAAAUUGUGCUAUUUCAAUUGUGAUUAAUCUAUUCAAGAUGCAUUUUUUUCAAAAAGUUAAGACAUGGUCUUCAGCUUUAAAUUCGUUUAUUCAACGAUUACUAGGAAUCCUGUGUUUAUUCAUUUUGGACAACAAACACAUGACGAUGAUAUAUAUCUCGACCAACGUCUGGCUGCUAUACGUGGCACGUCUGAUCGCUGGAUCUGUCAUAUAUUUUUUCAAGUCGUCUUUACUGGCACUAAGGGCCGUUCGACGAGAACGUGAGCCUCGCGAAGUCGCGGUCGACGCCACGGCUAGGACAAUUGAAGCUCGUCUCGACGCUCUCGAGGAAGCCAUACGCCAACUGUCAAGUCAGUUAGCGUAUUUCAAGCAAAAACAAGAGCCAAAAAACCCCACAGAAACAAUUCAAUCACAACAAACACCUAAAAUCAACCCGUCCUCAUCAUCAUAUUGCUACUACCACCUUCAGUUCGGUAAAGAAGCUAGAAAGUGUGGUAGUAACCUUUGUAUGUUUACUCCUAAGCGGAUAAGUCAAAAUUAUAGGCUUCAAAAGAAAAUUCACCUACCCGUGCUCUGAUUGGAGAGAUUAUUUGUU